AUUGAUUGAAGUAGAAACCAAACUACUUCUUUAGAACCGCAACGUUCGAAAAAUUCAGUCAGAAGAACCGGAUGGAAGCUUCCUCGAGAACCACCGGGCCAACAUCUCCCGCCGAUAUUCCAUGGCCGCCUCUCUCUCUCUCUCUCUCUCUCUCUCUCUCUCUCUCUCUCGCCCUCUGUGUCGUCCUCUCUGUGUUUGGGAGGAGGAGAAAAAAAAGGAAGAAAAAGCUGAGAAGGAAAGAAAAUCGGAGGGGUGUUUUGGUUCCUGACAGCGACACGUGGCGUGUUGGCAGUGGUCAGGUCGCUCUCCGUCCCCUCUCUUCCGGUUCUGUCUCUCUCUCCUCAUGGGGUGUGCCAUGUCAGAGCCCGUCCCCCUAUGAGCCCGGCGAAUCCGUAUCGUAUGCUUCACUCUCUCUAUCUCGACAAACUCUUCUGAAAGGCUCCCUAUUUAUUUGUCGUUUCGCGUGUCGCGUCCCUAUCUCUCUCUCCCUCGUCUCUAUCCCUCUGGUUGUGCCCUAGAAUCGCUCCCCGGGCUCAAUCCCUAACUCCCGUCUCCGACUUCCCUUCCGCUUCAAUCCGUGUGGCCUUAGUUGUUUCAGAUUUGAGAUAGGUAAGCUGUUUCUGCGUCUGGGUAUUUGUUGAUUCCCUCAGUCCUGCUGAUUCUGAUGUUGGGUUCCCGAAAUUCAUUCCUGUGGAUUUGAUGCUUUUAUGAUGUUAAUGCCGUUUGAUUGGAGGGUGUGAUACCGUGGCUAUGGUGUUGAUUUUAUCAAGCUGAACUUGGAAUCGCGUUUGUGGUUAGUUAGUCGUACGAGAUUCGAGGGUUUUCUGCCCGAGCCUUGAGCUGGAACCAAUGUGUGUUUUGAAUGCUUCAGCUCCUCUUAUGGUUCUUGAUCGGCAUUAGACAAUUCGUGUAUGAUAGUGUCUCAUUACAGAAGAUCCCGCUUCACACAGAUUCCUGUGGGUUUACAUGCUGGAUUUAGGUUGUAACAACAAUUUAAUUGGUUAAGUGCAAGUGUCUUAGUUUAGUUUUUCAAACUAUCUGUAUUCUUAAGUAGAACACCUUCAGUUGAAUAAAAUCCGUUAAUGAUCGUUAUUAAGAUGUUAGCAUGCAGUAUUUCGUUUAGAACACAUGCCAACUGAACUUUAUUUGCUGUGUUGCCGUUUAAUACGUAGUAUAUGCUAUAUCUAUAUAGAGAAACUAAUUAGCGUAACAAAACUGUUGACGCAGUUGCUUAUAAUCUAACAACGGCUUUGGGUCAGUGCCUUCGUUUCAUCGAUGAUUCAUUUUUACAAUGUUUAUUUCCCCCUUUAAAUUGUGUCUAGAGGUUAAAUUCUGAUCCCUGGUAUUCUUUCUAGCUUCUAUUUGCCGCUUUUGUAACUGUGACCUUCAUGUGGUAUUACCAGGUUACUAAUUCAUUGAUACAUAUCUUAUCAGUUUGCAGAAUACUGUCUUUUUACGUGUUGUAAUUUUCUUCCUUUUUCUUUACGUUACUUUCUGAUUAACAUUUCCUUUGAUGGAAAUAUAGGGGCAUUCUACUGCGACAAUUCUUGUAGCGAGACCAUUUUUGUAUAGACUUCAGAUCAAUUUAUAGACGGAGAUCUAUCUGUUGCUGUACUGGGGCAUAUAACAUGAAACCAGGGAUUAAAAAUGAAAACUAACACUUCAUGAAACAGUGAAAUGAUUAAUAGAGAUUGGGCCAUGAAGCGGAAACGAAGAAAACCUCCAUGUGGACCGGAUUCAUCUAAUUGCAAAGAAGAUAAUUCAGUGGCCUCAGAGUCCCCGAGAUGUACUUCUCCAGCUAAACCAACCAAGCGCCAGCUUAAAACUGAGGCAACUCCUAAAAGGUCCCCUUCGAAACGGAAAGGAAAUGAUGGGUAUUACUACGAAUGUGUGGUUUGCGACCUUGGGGGUGAUUUGCUAUGCUGUGAUAGUUGUCCUCGGACCUAUCAUAUUGAAUGCCUUAAACCCCCUCUUAAGAAAAUUCCCAAUGGGAAGUGGUUAUGCCCAAAAUGCUCCGAAAAGAUUGACACACUCAAGCCUAUUAAUCGGCUAGAGGCCAUUGCAAAGCGGGCGAGGACCAAAAACAUCAAGAAAAAUUCACAAGCAGGAUCAAAGUCGCCUGUGCGUGAGAUAGCAUCCCCAACGUUUUGUGGUUCCAUAAUUUCUGGAGAACAAUCUUCAACGAAAGGAAAGACUGUUCUGACUGAGGAAAGAAAAUCUUUGGAAAAGGAAGUUGAUCCCUCUCUUAUGGAUGUGUGUCCUGCGGCUGAACUCGGUUAUAUGUCCAUGGAUGGCCGAUCAGAUUCAUCCUGUAAAAGAGAAGACGAUCUAAGAAAACCUGAUGUAACACCAUCAGAUCAACAGCCUUCUGAGACAAAAUCAUCAUCAACUGCUGAUGAAUAUCUUUCUGAAUCUAAACUUUCCAAUCCAGAUAGGAAUGAUGAAGCAUCUGAGGAGAAGCUGGAACUGGCUUGCCAUGAAACCCCAGAAAACAAGAAUGGUGUUUCAAUAGUGGAUGGAAAGGGAAAAGGGAAAAAGCGAAAGCAUCAAAACAAUAACAAGGACAGUCUCAAGAAGUCCAAGGCAGAUAAAGGAAAGAGCGCUGCUAAUGUUUCGAAAUCAUCCAAAAAAAGGAAAAACGUAAACUUUGUGGCAUUAAAGUCUCUGUCCGAAGAUCUAUCCAGUACGAACACACUUGGGAAAGCUGAGAAGCUUCCCAAGGUGGAAAGGCGGGGAUCAUGUAAUUCAGCUAAACCCUUGAGUUCCGGUGAUGACAAAAACUCUCUGCCUGCUGGAAAUCUGCAGGUUGACAGGGUACUGGGAUGCAGAAUCCGAGGUCAGAAUAGAAUUUCCUCAUAUGGUGCUAUUUCAGAUGAUUUGUAUUCUGAUAAUUCACAAUUUUGUCAAGGCCUGGAUAAGCAACCAGAAGAAAGCUCCGCACAAGAUACUGAAGUAGAUAUAAGAAUUGAUGAGAAUAGAACGGAUUUCUGUGCUGAGACAGGUAAAUGUUCCAUGGACGAAGCAUGCACAAGAAAUUCUGAUUGCACAGAUGAGAAUAAUAUGGCCAAAGAAUGUAAAAUAAGUAAUUGGGUGGAUCUGGUGAAGGAAGAUAACAAAGAUUCGCAUACGGAGGAUAAUGAUAUGGAUGAAUCUGCUGUAGUUUCUGCCAAUUUGGGGAAGGGGAAACUAAAAGAAAUGAUGCUUUCAGAGGACAAUGCUGAUGUUACUCUGAGUACACAUGAGGAGAAUGAAGAAACAAAAGUUAGUGAAACACCUGUCUCUGGUGAUAGAGAAGUACUUGAAGAAGCACAUCGGGACAUUGGAGGAGGCAGUACGGUAUCUAAAGAAAAAGUUGAGGAGCCUAUUACUGGUAAAACUUCAUGUCAUAGUGGAGAAACUGUAUCAUAUGAGUUUCUGGUUAAAUGGGUGGGAAAAUCUCAUAUUCAUAACAGUUGGAUUUCUGAAUCUGACCUGAAAGCUCUUGCUAAAAGAAAGCUAGAGAAUUACAAAGCAAAAUAUGGAACGGCUGUUAUAAAUAUCUGCGAGGACAGGUGGAAACAGCCUCAACGGGUAAUCGGUCUGCAUGUUUCAGAAGAAGGUAAACAUGAGGCUUAUGUAAAAUGGACAGGACUUGCUUAUGAUGAAUGCACGUGGGAAAGCUUGGAAGAGCCUGUUCUUGAGAAGUCAUCUCAUUUAAUAGAUAUUUUUGAGAAGUUUGAGCAUAAAGCAUUAGAAAAGGAUGUUGCCAAGGCUAAGUCAGCAAAAGAUAAAGAUGACGAUCAGCAAAGCGAAAUUGUUACCCUUACAGAACAACCUUCAGAGCUCAAUGGAGGUUCUUUGUUUCCCCAUCAACUUGAGGCCCUGAAUUGGUUGCGUAGAUGCUGGUAUAAAUCGAAAAAUGUGAUCCUUGCUGAUGAAAUGGGGCUCGGGAAAACUGUCUCUGCGUGUGCAUUUCUUUCAUCACUUUAUUUUGAAUUUAACAUUGCAAGGCCUUGUUUAGUUUUGGUUCCACUAUCAACAAUGCCAAACUGGCUUGCCGAGUUUUCUCUUUGGGCCCCGCUCCUAAAUGUUGUGGAGUAUCAUGGAGGGGCAAAAGCAAGAUCUGUCAUUCGUGAAUACGAGUGGCAUGCCAAGGAUUCUAAGGCAAACAAGAGAACAAGUUCCAACAAAUUUGAUGUUCUUUUAACUACUUAUGAAAUGGUUCUAGCUGAUUCAUCUCAUUUACGUGGAGUUCCAUGGGAAGUUCUUCUUGUUGAUGAAGGGCAUCGUCUAAAGAAUUCAGAAAGUAAGCUGUUUAGCCUGCUCAAUACAUUCUCUUUCCAGCACCGUGUGCUUUUGACAGGCACCCCUCUUCAGAAUAACAUAGGUGAGAUGUAUAAUCUUCUCAAUUUCUUGCAACCAUCAUCAUUUCCUUCUUUAUCUUCUUUUGAAGAAAGAUUCCAUGAUCUGACACCUGCUCAGAAAGUAGAGGAGCUGAAGAAACUUGUUGCUCUCCAUAUGCUUCGGCGGCUUAAAAAAGAUGCCAUGCAAAAUAUUCCACCUAAGACAGAGAGGAUUGUGCCAGUUGAGUUGACUUCAAUCCAAGCUGAAUAUUAUCGUGCAAUGCUAACUAAGAACUAUCAGGUACUGAGAAAUAUUGGAAAGGGGGUGGCACAGCAAUCGAUGCUUAACAUUGUGAUGCAGUUGAGAAAGGUGUGCAAUCACCCAUAUCUUAUACCAGGCACUGAGCUGGAAUCUGGAUCAAUGGAGUUUCUUCAUGAGAUGAGGAUAAAAGCUUCAGCUAAGUUGACCCUAUUGCAUUCCAUGCUUAAGGUGCUAUGGAAGGAAGGGCAUAGAGUUCUUAUAUUCUCACAGAUGACAAAACUUCUGGACAUCCUGGAAGAUUACCUGAAUGUAGAGUUCGGUCCUAAAACAUAUGAAAGAGUGGAUGGUUCUGUUUCUGUGGCUGAUCGCCAAACUGCCAUAGCUCGUUUUAACCAAGACAAAAGUCGGUUUGUCUUUCUGUUAUCCACACGUUCCUGUGGUCUUGGAAUCAAUUUGGCGUCAGCUGACACUGUCAUUAUCUAUGAUUCUGAUUUCAACCCUCAUGCUGAUAUCCAAGCUAUGAAUAGAGCUCAUCGAAUUGGGCAAUCAAAACGCCUUUUGGUUUAUAGGCUUGUUGUGCGUGCCAGUGUGGAAGAGCGCAUUCUACAAUUGGCAAAGAAAAAGAAGAUGCUGGAUCAGCUUUUUGUAAACAAGUCUGGAUCACAAAAGGAAGUUGUAGAUAUUCUACGCUGGGGGACUGAGGAACUUUUCAACGAUUCUCCGAGUGAGAAUAAGAAAGAUGCAUGUGGAAGUAAUGGCGAAGUGGACAUCAUUAUAGAUUUAGAAUGCAAGAACCGGAAAAAGGGUGGUGGUUUGGGAGAUGUUUACCAGGAUAAAUGUACAGAUAGUACUGGGAAGAUCGUGUGGGAUGAAACUGCAAUUAUGAAGUUGCUUGACCGGUCAAACCUUCAACCAGGUUCCAGUGAUGGCGCUGAUACAGAUUUAGAGAAUGAUAUGCUUGGCUCGGUAAAGCCCAUGGAGUGGAAUGAAGAAGCAACUGAAGAACAAGGCCGGGCUGAAUCACUUGCACUGGUGACUGAUGACACUGAUGCACAGAUGUCGGAGAGGAAAGAAGAUGAUACAGUGAAUGUUACUGAAGAAAAUGAAUGGGACAGGCUUUUGCGUGUAAGGUGGGAGAAGUAUCAAAGCGAGGAAGAUGCAGCACUUGGCAGAGGGAAGCGCCUGAGAAAGGCUGUUUCUUAUAGAGAAGCUUAUGCCCCACAUGCUGUUGAAGCAUUAACUGAGAGUGGCAGUGAAGAAGAGAACGAACCAGAGCCAGAACCCAAGAAGGAAUACACAUCUGCAGGAUUAGCUCUGAAAGAAAAGUUUGCUAAGCUGCGAGCAAGGCAAAAGAAGCGGCUCGCUGAAAGACAUGCGGUUGAAGAGUCUCGUCCUGACAGAACAUUUCAGGAACCGGAGUUACAACCUGAAGCAGCUAAACAAGUCCAAGAAAAUCAUCACAUGAUUGACUUGGAGGAUAGUGAUGCUACAAUUCAAUCUGAUGCAUUAAACGGCAAAAGUGACUCAACCCCAACUUUAGGCAAACCGACCAAUCUCAAAAUUUACAACUCUUCAGAUCCUACUCCAGAUUAUCACGAUCCAUCCAACAAUUUUCUAGUUCUUGGACUAUGUGCUCCUAAUUUUAGUCAGCCAAAAUUCUCGCGGAGAAUUAAUUCACGUUCAAGUGGUAGACAGAACAGGGCAGUAAGAGGACCUGAUUUUCCUUUCAGUUUGCCCCCCACCUCAGGACGGUCACUCUCUGUGGAAAGAGAAGCUAAUGAGCAGGAAGCCACCUUGGGUCAAUUACCACAAGAUGUGCAAGAGGAAGCUCCUCAGCAGCCGAUAAGAAACAAUAAUCUGGAUGGUCGGCUUCCACUUCGUUCGUUCCAUCCAUUUCCUCUGCCAGGGGAUUCUGAUCAUCCACAAAGUUCUGGUGCUGAUUUUGCUGAGAAGUUUCCGCUGCCUAACCGACCAUUUGAAGAUAAGCAACUGCCUCAGUUCCCCUUUCCGCCUGUGCCCAGAGCCAUGGGAACUUCGCAUCAAGAGUUCUUACCCAAUCUUUCAUUGGGAAAUAGAUUUGAAGGUAUUGGAAAUUCAAUGCAAGACAUGUUGGCCAUACCACCAAUGCCAUUCCUACCCAAUUUGAAAAUCCCUCUGGAUCCACCAGUAUUCAACCAGAAAGAGAAAGAAUUCCCUUCUAUGGGUUUGGAUCAGUUGCCUACAUUAUUGUCUUCUAUCCCGGAUAACCAUCGUAAAGUUCUGGAGAAUAUAAUGUUGAGAACAGGUUCUGCAGUUGGCCACUUUCACCAGAAGAAACCAAGAAUAGAUCCAUGGUCUGAGGAUGAACUAGAUUCUCUCUGGAUCGGGAUACGCAGACAUGGGUUUGGAAACUGGGAGAUUAUGCUCCGAGACCCGAGGUUGAAAUUCUCAAAAUUUAAAACACCCGAAUACCUAUCAGCGAGGUGGGAAGAAGAGCAACGCAAGUUUUUAGAUAACAUCCCUUCUCUGCCAUCAAAAUCGAGCAAGCUGGCAAAUUCUACUACCAGAUCUUCCUUGUUUCCGGGUAUUCCUGACAGUAUGAUGUCUCAGGCUUUACAUGGAGCAAAGUAUGUUAAUCCUUCAAGGUUCCAACCCCACUUGACUGACAUGAAUCUUGGAUUCAGUAAUCUUGCUUCCAGCCUUCCCCUAUAUGAGCCAUCAUCAGAACAAUUAGGAUUGCGAGGUGAGCCUUUUCCUCUCACGAUGAAUAUGCACGCCGGGAAUCUUGCCGGACCAUCUGAAAGACCAGGACCAUCCGUAAAUAUUCCUGACGAGAAGGUCUUUCCAUUCAACUCUAUCGGGAUGGGGAAACUAGGUUCUCUAGGCUCUUUUAGGGCACAAAGAACAGAAGAAGAACGAGUUGCCGUUAAACGUGGAAAACUGCCAUGUUUUCUAGACAGACCAUUGCUUCCGAUGCCUGAUCCGGGCAGCCAAAUGUUUCCUGUGAAUCCCACCAACCUAGGGUUUCUUCCCGACCCGAGCCGAGUGUUGAAUCUCUCCAAUUUGAUGAAGGGGAAAGACGUGGUCGGAAGUAGUUCUUCUGAGAAUAAGCUGCCUCAUUGGUUAAGGGAUGCUGUAAGUGCCCCUCUGAAGUCACCAGACCCCAGUCUGCCUCUAUCAGUGUCGGCCAUUGCUCAAUCAGUCCGAGUCCUAUACGGUGAAGAUUCUACCACCAUUCCACCAUUUGUGAUACCAGAACCGCCUCCCUCCACCCCCAAGGAUCCGAGACUCAUCCUACGGAAGAAAACGAAACAUAGAAGAUCACACACAUCGGUUCAGAUGCCUACAGAUAUUGCCAGAAGCAGCCACAAUUCGCAAAGCGGUUAUCAAGGCAUGACAAGCUCAAGCUCACCAGUUAUCAAAAGCUCAAUUCCAGAAUCUACCAACCAUGUUAUACCUUCGGAACCAGAAGCAGGCGAGAAAAGUGAACCUGAGCAACAACCGUUACAUUCCGAUGAACUUUCAUUAGAGAAGCAAAAGGAGCAAGGUUCCGAGGAUGAGUUGAACAAGACUGAACGGCUAAACAUGGACGAACAAGAAGAAUGGAAAACAAAUGAAGAAACUUCAUCUGAGGGGACAGUGCCUGACAAACAAGCAAAUGAAAGUUGAAGCUCGAGAUCGACUUUGUUGAAAUGAUGGGCAUUGCUUCAUGAGACAGGCAAAUUUCUGGGAUGGAAAUUUUGUAGGUACAAAAUUACAAAUGAUGCAAAUGGGGUGAGUAGCAAUAUAUGUAUGAGAAGAGCAUUUAGGACUUUUCGUUAUCUUUGAGUAAAGCUUCUGUAAGAAAAUGAACUUAGCCAUUUAGAUAAUCCGGUGAAUGUGGAUUGCACCGGUUAAUGUGGAUUUUCACCCGUAUGUAAACUGGACCCAUCAGGCUAAUUUGUCGGUUCCGGUUAAUCAAAUUGUUCGGAGGGACGAGUGACAAAAAUUAGUAUU